AUGGCAUCAACAUCUUGUCUCAGCAACAGCCUAAUACCCAUGAAAGAAGCAGUUCCAAUGUCUAAUUUGUAUCCUCCACCUCUUGCAAAAUAUGAGGAUGUUACAACAAACCCCAAGCUCUUCAUGUUUACCUUGGAGAAGCUUCACGCUGCUAUGGGUACCAAGUUCAUGAUUCCAAUUAUUGGCGGAAAAGAACUUGACUUGUGUCGCCUCUUCCUUGAAGUGACUUCUCGUGGAGGGAUUGAGAAGCUUAUUAGAGAGAGAAGAUGGAAAGAAGUAACUGCAGUUUUUAAUUUUCCAACAACAGCCACGAAUGCUUCCUAUGUGCUGCGGAAGUACUAUACUUCAUUGCUUUACCACUACGAACAAAUCUACUAUUUUAAGGCCAAUCGAUGGACCCCUGCAACUUCUGAUACUCUGCAGAGUCAUUCAACCAUGCCAGUUCCGGCUCAAAGAACACAAUUUUUGCAGCCUUCUCCAGGAAUGCAAUCAGCUGUCUUUCAACAGUCAAGGGUCAAUGCUGCUGAAUCACCUGAAGUGUCUCUGGCAGGAUCCCCAGUGAUUGGAGUCAUUGAUGGGAAAUUUGAAGGUGGGUAUCUAGUUUCUGUUUCAGUAGGUUCAGAGAAGCUCCAAGGUGUACUUUAUUAUGAGGCUCCACAAAUCCCUGAUUUGCCUGCAUCUGCCUCACAUGGUCAAAGCAUAUUUGUUAAGAACAACAAUGCCUCUGCUUCGUUGGGGGUCCAUCGCCGUCGUCGCAGGAAGAAAUCAGAAAUAAAAAGGAGAGAUCCUGCUCAUCCAAAACCAAACAGAAGUGGAUACAAUUUCUUCUUUGCUGAGCAGCAUGCAAGACUAAAGCUACAACACCAAGCCAAGGACAGGGAUAUUAGUAGGAUGAUUGGUGAACUCUGGAACAAAUUAAAAGAGCCUGAAAGAUCAGUUUAUCAAGAGAAGGCUGUUAAGGAUAAAGAGAGGUAUAAAGCAGAAAUGGAGGAUUAUCGUGAGAAACUGAAGAUGAGCCAUGUUAUCAGUGAUGCUGUGCCACUGCAACAACUGCUUCCUCAAGCAGAUACAACUUUGGUGGAUGUGGACAUAAAAUUGUUAGGUUCUCCUCAAACACCUGAGGAGAGCAGUUCUGUUGGAAGUGACUGUGAAGAUGAUAUCAAUAUGGAUGCUUCUCCUGGAGUAGCAGUGGCUGCUGAUGCUACCUACUUGGGUUCAAACAAGUCAUCCAAGGAGGGGGAUUAUGAGCUUCUUCGCCAUUGUGAGAGAGAAGGGAAUGCUGGAGAUCAACAGCCUCCAAAGAUGAACGAGAGCAAGAAUAUGCUGGAACUAUUUUAGUCCACCAGAACAGAUUUUUUAUUUGACAUUUGAAAGUUAUGGUAGUCUUUAUUUCUAGUGCUUAACUCUAGGUUUUGUUUUUUCAAGAUUCAUUCACUGAGUUCAUGUUCUGUGCAUUUGUUGUACAUCUGGAAUGCUGACAUAGACAAUGGCGGUACUUAUUUCCAAUGAUCU